AUGGCAGCAAGUGUUAUCAGGACGCUGAGUAAUCUGGGUUUGGCAAAACCCUUCCCUCCCUGUUUCUUUCCGGCUGAGGAUGAGGAGGAGACUGAAGAAGAAUAUGAAGAGGAGCUGAGAGAGGACAGUUUGGAGGAGGACGAGGAUGCAGUAGCCAGUGAGUCUCAAGAGGAACAGCCAUGGAGUGUUGAUUCGUCCCCCAAUAGUGCUGAGAUGACCAAUCAGCUCCUACGGUUUGCUGAGCUCAUCAGCAGCGAUGUCCAGCGCUACUUCGGCCGAAGCCAAGACCCUGAUGCCUGUGACAUCUAUGCAGAGAGACCGUGUCCAAAAGUUGGGGGGCGUCAGCGGUACUAUGCUGACUUCAUCAAAGUAGCAUCAUCAGGGCAUGCGGAGGAGCCUGAGUUGCUCGGGCCCCUUGCAGAGCUCUUUCAAGACACUCAAAGGAAAGGACGGAGUUUACCCAUGAACCAACGGCGCCUGCCAAUCAGCUUCUGGACAGAGCCUUUUGUACAUCAGCUUGACGUGUUGGGUGAUGCAAACACACAAGAGAACUCGCUCAGUAUAAGUAACACAUCAGAGGGCUCCAGUAACAUCAACACGUCUUCGAGUAUGUUCAGUAACACAAGCGUUUGCACCAUGACCAGCUCCAGUAUCUCAGGGACUCUCAGUAGCUCAAGCACACCAGACUUCAGUGAUUUACUUGCUCACUGGGCCAUGGACAGAGAAAACCCCAAUGAAUUCAGCUGUGACUAUCCACUUUCAUAAUCAAUCAGCCUGUC